CACGGACGUGACCACACGUUGCAUGUUCUCGGUACCGAGGGCGAUGGAGGGCCGCAAGCAGAACACGGCGUGCGACGCCUGCCGUGCGCGCAAGGUGAAGUGCAACCGGGUCCCCGGCUCGGACCGCUGUGUACACUGCGCGACGAAGAACCUCGAAUGCACGCACUUCCAGCAGCAGGCUACCCAGCACAAGAAGCGGGCACCCAGGUCGGGGGACACGGCCGGGGGUGCGCCCUCCGGCUCGACGUUCCCCUCCGGCCCCCCGCGCCCCCGCGCCUCGUCUGCGAUCACCACGUCCAGCGCGACCCCCGCCGCACCGCUCUCCGCGCAACUCGGACUCCCGAUCACGCCUACAUCAUCCCUCCACGCCGUCCUCGCGCACCUGCUCGCGCCCCCGCCCGAGGGGUUCUCCUCCUGGGGCCCGACCGCCGUCUCCCUCGCCUCCCCCGCCGCCCGCGCCGAGCUCGCCGCCGAUCUCGCCGAGGUCUACCUCCAGAUCGUCCACCCGCGCCUCCCCCUCCUCAACCCCGCCCGCCUGCGCGCCCAAAUCCGCGCCCAGCCCUUCGUGAGCGGGCCCGAUCGCGGCCCCGAUCCCGAGCGCACGACCCCCCUCCCCAUUCACCCCGCGCUACUCGCCGUCGUGCUCGCGUGGGGGGCCAAGUUCGCCGAGCAUCCGCUCCUGCUGGCGGACCGCGCCCUCCCCGCGCACAACGGCGCGUCCUUCCUCGCGUCUGCCCUCAUCACCCGCACGCGCGCCCUCGCAGAGGCCCUCGCUGUGCACCGCAUUCCCUCCCCCGACCACAUUCUCUGCGCUUUACUCCUCGAGCCCCUCCAGUCUCAAGACCCCCGCGACCCCGAGGCCUUCCACGGCUUCUGGCUACGCGCCGCGAUCGGUCACCUCAUGGGCCUGCGCGUCAACUACAAGAGCACGCUGCUGGGCAUCCAGGACCGCGACGCGCGGGGCACAAUGGUCUUCGCGUGGUGGAUGGCGUGCUUGGCGGACGCGUAUGGGAGCGCGUACUACAGACGCAAACCGAUGCUGGACGACGAUGAUUAUGAUGUGGAUUUCUAUACGGCGCAGACGGCGGGGGUGGGGCCCUCUGGUCCAAAUGCUUCGACAUCGGGUACCGCUGCUUCUGCAUCGAGCUCGGCAGCACAGACUGCCACGAACGCCAAUCCGGGCUCAGACCCAGCGUCAUCUCCCACAGACCCUACCUCCCCCGACGCCAGCCCGCGCGAUCAGCUAGAGGUCUUGGGCUACUACCGCGCCGCGCACGCCCUCGCCCGCGUGGCGCGGACGAUGUCCCGGCGCCUGUGGACGCCCGCGGUCGAGGCGGGCGGCAUCCCCCACGCCACGCUCCGCCUGCUCACGCAGGCCCUCGCCGGCUGGCGCGCCGCGCACCUCGCCGCGGUCGGCGUGCCGAGGGAUUUCGGGCGGGGGUGGGGGUUCGUGGAAGCGGUCUCGACGUGCGCCUCGGACGCGACGUUCCAUGUGAUGUGGGUCAUCCUGUUUGGUGCGCUGGAUGAGUUUGGGGUGAAGGAAUUCGCCGCACUCCCGGACCCCGCGGCCGCGGCAGAGAAGGACGAGGUGUGCGCGACGAUCGCGGAGCAGGCGCUGCAUGGGGCGCUGAGGAUCGCCGGGUUGGCCGCCGUCCUCACCCAAAACGGCUACCUCCGCCUCGACCCCGCGGUCAUGCACGUCUCCUGCAUUCACGCGGGGGGCCUUCUAGCCCGGCUCGGACGGCCCGAAGUGCAGGCGUGCAUUUUGGGCCUGGAGCAGUACGCGCACGCGUAUAGCGAGGCGGGGGCGCAGGCCGCCGCGCUGAGGGCGGUGUAUGAGGGGGUGGUGCGGGGGGAGGGCGGGGGUGGGGGUGGGGGUGGGCAAGGGCAAGUGAGUGAACACGGGCAAGGGCAAGCGAGCGAGGACAUGCACACCGACGAGCCGUACGGGUACGAGGGCUACGGCUAUGGGUACCAGCAGGAAUCCGCGUACGGGAACGGGAACGGCAAUGGCCAUGGUAAUGGGUAUCAGGGUUAUGGCGACGGCUAUCAACCAUACGGGAACGAGCGCGCUACCCAAGGUUUCAACUACAGCCAUGCGCGCAGUACGUCGCCGAACGACAACAGUGCGGCUGCGGGGUCGGCAGGGUACGGACAGACGAGUCCGACGUCGGCUAUGCACGCCCCCGCAGCCUCGACGACCUAUCAGCAAACGAGCUACGCACGCAGCUCCUCGGCGCCAGCCAACAACAACGCCACUUUCGCGGAGCAACAACAGCAGGGGUAUGGAGGGUAUCCGAGCGCGCCGUCCGAUGCGACCUCUGCAUACCCAAGCUCGUUAAGCGCAGCGUACGCAAGCUCGUCGACGAGGACGGUGCCGUCCAAUGCGGCGUUCCCGGGGUCGGCGAGCGUGUUCCCUGCAUCCUCUGCUAGCGCGUUCCCCGGCGCCGGCAACAACGGUCACAGCACCGCCGGGUCUCCCACAAAGGCCCCCGUUACCUCCCGCGAUAUCUCCGACGCCACUGACGACAACACCUCCCACUCGACCCCGACCACCCCCCUCGAGGCCACGCUCGUCGCCCAGGGCUUCCCGCUGCAUCCGCACGCGCGCGGGUUCCCGACGGGGGCGAAGGGGCUGCGCUUCAUGCGGGGUGCGGCAAGGGAGUUGAUGGCGAGGGGGGUGGGCGGCGCGAGUGGCGGGGGAGAGGGGCGGGAGAAGGGGAGAGGGGACGACGGUGAUGGGAUGGAUGUGGAGGAGGGUGGGUAGGGGACUGAAGGUAGAGGGUGAGGGUGGGCGAGGAGCAGGAGACACGAACAUGCGAAGGAUGGGAGAACAUGGGAAUGAAGUGAUAUGUAUAGUGGUGAAAUGUGUGAACGUUGGACCCUGCGUGCUACUGUACUUACCGGCUUGGAAAAGGUCCUCUGUUAUUCGUAACUUUAGUCCUUGGUCUACGUUAGAUCGAGCUGGUCUCUUUGCUUACUUUCCUGUAGACUCGCCUUUGAGAACAGUAGACCUACAUUGCCUGGUCUUACGACUCCUUCCUAUACCCCAGAUUACUCUCUGUUUUUGUCGCGUAGUGCCCACCUGUCCACCCGAUUACUAUCGUUGUUUUUCAACAACUUGGUAACGCCGUCGCUGUGAGAUCUGUGCGCCAGUACAACAAUCU